UGGGAGCAUCAACGCGUCCGCGAGAGCCGCCUGGUGAUGCUAGGGCUACCGUGAAGUGGGAGAACCCGCUGUGCGUGGACAUCAUCGCUCCCUGGGAUUACUCUGAAUGAGUUUCGCUAUAAACAGCUCGACUUACAUAACAGCGUGUAAUUCAGUUGGGCUGCCGCACUCUCAGCUUGCUGUCUGGUGUCUGCUCCCCAGCGAGGACACGCUCCCGCGUAUCUCAUUGUGGAAUAGACGGCCAUUCCAUAUACUUAGUGUCAGAGGUGUGAAGUGCGGUCGUCGCGGAAGGAAACUUAGCAGAGGAGACCGGUCGAUCAGUAGCUCAGCAUGUCAGUGGUCGGCAUUGACGUGGGUUUCCAAAACUGUUACAUCGCCGUGGCCCGGAGCGGCGGCAUCGAAACCGUUGCCAAUGAAUACAGUGACAGAUGCACGCCGGCCUGUGUUUCUUUGGCGUCCAAAAACCGCAUGAUUGGGAAUGCGGCUAAGAGUCAAAUUAUAACAAACUUCAAAAAUACAGUUCAUGGUUUCAAAAAGUUCCACGGCAGAGCGUUCGAUGACCCAUUUGUCCAAGCGGAAAAGACCAAGCUGCCUUACAGCCUGCAUAAACUAAACAAUGGAAACACCGGAAUUAAGGUGCGUUACUUGGACGAGGACAAGGUGUUCACGGUGGAGCAGAUCGCAGGGAUGCUGCUCACCAAGCUGAAGGAGACGUCGGAGAGCGCGCUGAAGAAGCCCGUGGUCGACUGCGUCAUCUCGGUCCCCAGUUUUUUCACCGACGCUGAGAGACGCUCGGUGCUCGACGCGAGUCAGAUCGCGGGGCUGAACUGUUUACGGCUGAUUAAUGACACAACUGCAGUGGCUUUGGCUUAUGGGAUCUACAAACAAGACCUUCCUACUCCUGAGGAGAGGCCUCGAAACGUGGUGUUUGUGGACAUGGGCCAUUCCUCGUUCCAGGUCUCCAUCACAGCCUUCCACAAAGGAAAGCUCAAGGUCCUCGCCACCGCGUUCGACCCACACCUCGGCGGGCGGAACUUUGACGAGGCCGUGGUGGAUUUCUUCUGCAAGGAGUUCAAGGGCAAGUACAAGCUGAACGUGAGGGACAACCCGCGGGCGCUGCUGCGCUUGUACCAGGAGUGUGAGAAACUCAAGAAGCUCAUGAGCGCCAACUCCUCCGACCUGCCUCUCAACAUCGAGUGCUUCAUGAACGACAUCGACGUUUCCAGCAGGAUGAACAGGGGCCAGUUUGAGGAUAUGUGUGCUCAAUAUCUGAUGAGAGUGGAGGUGCCACUGAAAGCGGUCCUGGAACAAUCAAAGCUGAGCCGGGACGACAUCUAUGCAGUGGAGAUCGUGGGAGGAGCCACGAGAAUCCCGGCCGUCAAGGAGAGGAUCACCAAGGUUUUCUGCAAAGAUGUCAGCACCACGCUGAAUGCGGAUGAAGCUGUAGCAAGAGGCUGCGCCCUUCAGUGUGCGAUUUUAUCCCCAGCAUUUAAGGUGCGCGAGUUCUCCAUCACCGACGUGGUUCCCUUUCCCAUCACCCUUCGCUGGAAGUCGCCGACAGACGAUGGGCUGGGGGAGUGUGAGGUGUUCGGGAAGAAUCACGCGUCUCCCUUUUCCAAAGUAAUCACCUUCCACAAAAAGGAACCCUUCAACCUCGAAGCCUUCUACAGCAGCCCCCAGGACCUCCCGUACCCAGACCAAAGGAUAGGAUUCUUUUCAGUGCAGAAUGUGGUUCCGCAGCCGGACGGGGACAGCUCCAAAGUCAAGGUCAAAGUUCGCGUCAACGUCCACGGCAUCUUCAGCGUGUCCAGCGCCUCUCUGAUUGAGAAGCAGAAGGGGGAGGGCGAGGAUAUGCAGAUCGAGCCAGAGCCGGUGGUGCAGAAUGACAGCAGAGCAGAGGACCAGGCCAAAAUGCAGGUGGACCAGGAAGGUCAAAGUCAGGGUGAGCAGCAGAGUGAGGACAACAGUUCCAGCAGUAAGGAGGGUGGUGAGAAGCAGGACUCAGCAGCAGGAGGCAGCAAGCCCAAAGUCAAGGUGAAGAGUAUCGAUCUGCCCAUUGCAGCAAACAGCAUACGACAGCUCGACAGUGAUGUCCUGAACAACUUUGUGGAGUAUGAGCGUCAGAUGAUUAUCCAGGAUAAACAGGUGAAGGAGCUGAAUGAUGCUAAGAAUGCUGUUGAGGAGUAUGUGUAUGAUCUACGUGACAAACUUUGUGGGAUCUAUGAGAAGUUUAUCACUGAGGAGGACAGCAAUCGACUGACGCUGAUGCUGGAGGACACGGAGAACUGGCUCUAUGAGGAUGGAGAGGAUCAACCCAAACAGGUCUAUGAGGAGAAGUUAGAUGCAUUAAAGAGGUUGGGUCAACCCAUUCAGGACCGACACAGACAACAUGAGGACAGACCGAGGGCUUUUGAAGAGUUGGGGAAAAAAGUGCAACUUUACAUGAAGUUUGCAGAUUGCUAUAAACAGAAGGAUGAGCGGUACCUGCAUUUGACUGCAGAGGAAAUGGGCACCGUGGAGAAGUGUGUGAGUGAAUGCAUGGCUUGGAUGAACAGCAAGAUGAAUGCGCAGAGCAAACUGUCUGUUACUCAAGACCCCGCUGUUAAAGUAGAAGAAAUUAUUGCCAAAAUACAGGAGGUGGAGAACGUAUGUCACCCGGUGAUGACCAGGCCCAUGCCCACAGUAGACGAGGCUCCGGACACCAGUGACCAAAACACUGGCGCUCACAAUGGCCCGACAGCCAAUCCAGGAGCGGAAGUGAAGGGAGACGCGAAAGGAAGCCAGCAGUCGAAACCUGGCACGAAGGAGAUGGAGGUGGACUGAGACUGGGACUGUGCAGCCAUCGCUGCGUCUAUGACCCCUGACCACUUAGACAGUAGGAAAGUCAAGUCUCAGCCGCCGCCACCCUUGGUCCCGUUGAACUUUACCUUUUGAGGGUUUUUGUUUCCAUCCUUCCAUCUUUAUGUGUGAUAACGUUGUGCUUUACUCUCUCAAAGGAUUGACGUACCCAAUGAAUUAAAGAAUGGUGCAAUAGAUUAAACUCUGAUCUGACAGAAACAGUUUCCUUACUACCAUACAGCAAAGCGCUUUGUGUUUGCCAUCCAUGUGGUUCUAGUGAAAUUCAAACAUUCGCAGACAGGAAGUGCUAUAGAGACAGACUGCUGCAAAACCCUUAGAUUGUACGCGGUAAUACAACCUAUAUAUAUAUUUGUAUUUAAUAAGUUUGAAAUAAUGUCAAUGCCUAGAAACUGUAAAUACUAUUUUAGUAAACAAAUCCCGACAGAACAUAUAUAUGUACAUAAAAAACAUGUUGCUAGUGUUGCAUUGGCAAUGCUUGAUACACUAAAUUUCUUUAGUAAGUAAUUUGUUGCCUAUUUUCUUUUGUUUCAUUUUUCCAUAUUUUAGUCAUGAAAUUAAAAGAUGGCAAAAAUAAAUACAGUUGUCUGUAAGACAAAUUUCCCAAAGUCUCAGUUCUUUUAGUAGCUUAACUUUAAAGAAUAAUAUACUUGUGUCUGAGUUAGGUUUAGAUGAGGGAUGAGGUCAGGACAUCUACUGACAUUUGAUUAUUAUGCAAAACCAUGACAAAGACCCUAACACCGUUCUCUUUAUAGCUAAUGUUAACAUGGGCGAGUGACAUUUUAAUAAAGAUAAUUAUCACAUUAACAGGUUAUAGGGUUCAGAAUACAUUCUGCAAGUGCAAAGUAUAUAAUGAUGAAUAAAUGCAUGAAGUCCUCCCAGCUGCAAAAUGAUUCAAACUGUGUGUUGCACUUUACUGGACUUAAAUUUGGCAGGUAAAGCAAAUGUUACCAGCAAUAAAUGUGAAUAUUCUUU